CAAGCGUGGGACAAAGGUGAACCUCACUGGAUGUUGGUAGAAGAGACUGGUGCACAGAGCCAACUCCAGCGGUAACUCCCGCAAUGUCAGGACCAUGGUACUAUAUCCUCUACCUGUAUGGGGUCUUUGUGGAUGCUUUCUCCCUGUGUGAAGACCCCGUGAAGUUGCAAGCGAGUGAACUAAACCGAGACCAGUACCUUGGCAGAUGGCUUUUUGUAGCCGCCGCUUCAGCGUCCCCUUCCUCAUUGAGGACAUUUACCAGCCUGGACAGCACUUUGUUUAGCAUGACGCAGAGCAACAAUGCAGAGCAGCUGCAACUGCGGGCGGCCAUCCGGUUGAAGACAGGCCAGUGUGUUCCCAAAUCAUGGGUUUACUUGCUUAAGGAAGGGAGUGCUGAUCUGGCAACAGAAGGUCGGCCCCACAUGAAGACAGAACUGUUCUCCGCCAAGUGUCAGGACUCCAUCAUUGUCCAGGAAACGGACCAAGACUAUCAUAGAAUCCUUUUGUACUCUCGGGUCCUUCAUCCUGCUGAAGAAUGUAUUGAGGAUUUCAAGGACAAGGCAUCCUGCCUUGGCAUGGAGGAAUUCCUUCUUAUCCCAAGGACCCAAGAUUCUUGUGAAUUCCAAGAUGUUUGACCAUCAAGCCUAUAGUUUCAGGAACAUAUGGGAGUCUUACUGUAAAUACCGAGGUACAGCAGCAGCAACUCCACAGGGAAGAUAAGAAGGAGGAUUAUUUGCAGACAAGAACUGGCAGUUGCCUGAAAGGUUAUGAACUUCUCUCUACCCCUUUUUCCUCCAGUGGUUGGCUGGAUUUAGGAAGACGUGUUUGCUGAAACAACAUGUAGCUUUGACCCGAACUGCAUGAAUAAGUACCUUGAUCCCGGAAAGCCCCACACAAACUAAGCUUGACGUUUGUUGCUAAAAUCCGAAAACUGCUGGCAGGCCCAAGCUUUAUGCUAUGAGAAAUAUAGGAAGCGGUCACUCGAUCACUGUUCUUUGAACUUUUCCUUUUUAUUUAAAUAUAUCAUAUAUUUAUAUUUAUAUAUAUAUAUUAACACAUGUUGGAAAAAUAAACAGAUUCAGAACAAUAGCGUUUAGUGGCUAGACAGUGGUCAAGACACAGAUACACAGGUUAGUUUGUGCCCUUCUCCCACCCGCACCCACCCUAUUCCCAUUUCAUGCAUUCCCAAGUAAAUGAAAACGGGGGAUAACUAGUUUCACCCCCAGAAAUGGAACACACCCAAUCUAUUCCCAAACCCACAUCCAGCAAGACUCUCUAGAGAAGGCACUAGAGAACAUUUAGACUCCUAGCGUGAGGCAAGACUCAACAGGAAAGAGGUAUAUGUUUGGCUCUUAGGGUGUGUACCUUUUGGGAAACACAGAGGCUCCCGUUCUUCACCCCUUGAGCACAAUUCACAUGUUUAUUAUUCCUCUUUACACUUUCCUGAUCGGCAGAUUUUGUGCCAGCUCAAAAUCCUGACGUUAGGUCACCAUCAAGAACACACAGAUAACCAACACUGCGGAAAGACAAGUCACAUCGUUGUGCAAUGGCGGCCAAAGGACAACCCUCCAGAUGUUGGACUGUAACUCCCAGCAGCACAGGAUGUGGUAUGGGAAUUAUAGUCCAAUGACAUCCAGAGGUUGUGUUUCACCCACUCCUUCCUUAAUGCUUCUGUGUGAAUGUCAUAAGCACCUAUGGACAGUACCAAUACUACGGACAUGAGCUCAACCCCUCACUCUAUAUUGUCUGCAGUUUUUGUAACCUUUUAGAAAAUACGUAUAGAGAGAGGGUGAAAGCUCAUUAACUUUUCAACAAAAGUAGUCAUGUAACCUUUUUGAAAGACAGACUAACUUUUGGCUUUCUUAUGGAAAUCCAGUUCACAAAUCAUGACUCAGAAUAGAACUACAUGUUACGUAUCACAAUGUUCCUUGCAUCAUAUUUUUCUCUUAUUGGGUUGGAGCAGUUCUCAGAGUGAUUGAGCUGGCAAUCAGAAAGAAUUCACCCACCAAUGGGGAGAUUUUGAGCCCCACUUAAAUGUUCUGUCCUACAACUCCCCCAGUAAGGGAUUAUGGGAGUUGUAAUCCAAAAUGUUUGCAGGUACAAAAGGUUCCCCAUCUUUGGUUGAAUUCCUCUCAGCUUUUUAAUUCCACAAAAAUAUCCUUCCACAUCAUAUCCCAUGCCUUCUUUCCAUAAUAAAGAA